AUGGAUUUUAUCCUGCAUAGGCAGCCACUCCACCCCCUACAUUUUCCCUCUUUAGGAGUCUCUAGCACACCACAUGAAAUCUUAAUUGAAGCUCCCUUGCCAUAUGACCUGUGUCUUCUUCCAGAUUCGCCACUUGUUGCACCAAAUUCUGUAUUUUGCCCAGCUGUCCAAGCACCACCUGAUCUAACCAAUGGAGAUCCAUCGACAAUGGUGCCUUGCAAUGUUAACAAUCAUAUCAGCAGCCCACUGUUUGGUACACACAAUUAUGCUUCACUUGGGAAAUCCACAUCUGCCACCACAAGUCCUCAUGUUCUAGAGUACUUAUUAGACUCCAUGUCACUUAAGUCUUCCACUUCAUCGCUGGCAAAAGUACUAGGGACUAUCCAUAUUGAUCUUCCCUUUGAUCAUAUACUGUCCACUUUCUAG